AUGCAAUUUAGUUGUCCAAAUUACAAUAGAGAUCCUAAUGAGAGACAUCUUACGACACCCUGCUUUCAAGUCUUGGCUGGUAUCUGCAAGGUGAUAUUCAGGUUUAGAUCAAAAGGUGUACCUCUUUCCGAACGAGUAGAUCGGCCAAUCGAAAAUAGUUUUUAUUUUAACAGAGUCAUCCGCACCGAAUAUACUGUUAAUGAACAACAACGAAUGCCCAUCGUCAAACUGGAAGAAAAGCUAAAACAAAUGGGUAGUACAUCGGAAACUGGCUACAAAAGCGCAGACAAAGUUGAUAUAUUCUGUUGGACAAUCAAAGACACUAAGCGAAUCAAAUGGAUAAAAGAGAGUGGAUAA